GGCGCUGCCCGGCGCGGGGACGGGGCGGGGAGCGCGGGGGGGCGAGCUCCGCCGAGGCAAUUAGCGCUAAUUAACGGAGGGGGCGCCGCGGCGGCGGGCGGGGACGGGUCAGGGUGUGGGGCCCGCGGGAGGAGCAGCGGCCGCGGCCGGAGCAGCAUCGGCGGCAGCGGGGGGAGCGGUGCUGCCGCCGCCGCGGCCCCCGAGGGGCGGCUGUUGACCCCCCUAGCCGGCUGCCGCCCCCGCCGCGGGCCGCCAUGGCCGUGGGCGGCUGAAGGAGCCCCAGCGCCCUCCCCCGGACGAGUUAAUGGUAAAGUAAUGGAUUCCAAAGAAUUGCUUAACCCGUCGGAUCGGGACGAAACCAGGAAAAAUGCACUCAUCAGUACCAAAGGAGGGAUCGUGAUGGACUUCCAUCCACCCUUCAGGGGUGGAGCUACUGUCCAAGCCCCUGUGUCUACAUCUCCUCUCCCUGCAUCUUCUCAGUCGGAUUCCAGUCAGCAACCUGCUUUGGCUGACUUUCCAAAAGGAUUAGGAAACAAUGUGCCUCAGCCAGACCUUUCCAAGGCAGUGUCGCUCUCGAUGGGACUGUACAUGGGUGAAACAGACACAAAAGUGAUGGGAAACGACCUUGGAUUUUCGCACCAGGGCCAAAUCCACAUCUCUUCUGGAGAAACGGACUUCAGGCUCCUGGAGGAAAGCAUUGCGAGCUUGAACAAGUCCUCGAGCCUGGCCGAGGACGCGAAGGGAACCGCGUCUUCUGAGGUGCCGCUCGAGCCGGAUUUCCCAGGCAUGGCCGGGCGCAGCGUCCCCGCGGAGUCGGGAGCUGCAGUCCAAAGCCAGGUGGGCUCGAAUGGUGGCAACUUGAAGUUGUUCUCUGAAGACCAAAGCACCCUGGAUAUCCUCCAGGAUCUGGAAUUGCCGCCGGUGUCGCCGGGCAAGGAGCCCAACGGGAGCCCGUGGCGGCUGGACCCGUUGCUCGAUGACGGUGGCUUGCUCUCCCCCAUAUCCGCGGACGACGCCUUUCUCCUGGAAGGAAGUCUCGGCGAAGACUGCAAGCCUCCUCUUUUAUCUGACACUAAACCUAAAAUUAAUGACCGUGGUGACCUUUUACCCAGUUCCAAAAUGCCAGUGCCACAAGUGAAAACAGAAAAGGAAGACUUCAUUGAACUGUGUACUCCCGGCAUCAAGCAGGAAAACAUGGGCCCGCUUUACUGCCAGGCCAACUUCUCCGGGUCGAACCUGCUGGGUACGAAAGUCUCGGCCAUCUCCAUCCACGGUGUCAGCACCUCUGGGGGACAGAUGUACCACUAUGAUUUAAAUACUGCGUCGCUCUCGCAGCAGCAGGAUCAGAAACCAAUUUUUAAUAUCAUUCCAUCUCUUCCUGCCGGGUCAGAAAAUUGGAAUAGGUGCCAGGGAUCGGGGGACGAGGCAUUGGCUCCGCUGGGAACGCUCAACCUCUCUGGCAGACCUGCUUUCUCUAAUGGCUAUUCAAGCCCUGGAAUGAGGUCAGAUGUAAGCUCUUCUCCAUCCACAACCUCAGCAACGACGGGACCACCUCCCAAGCUCUGCCUGGUGUGCUCUGACGAGGCCUCCGGGUGCCACUACGGUGUCCUGACGUGUGGCAGCUGCAAAGUGUUCUUCAAACGGGCAGUGGAAGGGCAGCACAAUUACCUGUGUGCCGGCAGGAACGACUGCAUCAUCGACAAGAUCCGCAGGAAGAACUGCCCCGCGUGCCGCUACCGCAAGUGUCUGCAGGCGGGCAUGAACCUGGAAGCUCGGAAGACGAAGAAGAAGAUCAAGGGUCUGCAGCAGGGCGGCGCGGCGGGCACGCGCGAGGCCGCGGAGGCGGCCGGCAGCAAGAGCAUCGUGCCCGCGUCGCUGCCGCAGCUGACGCCCACCCUGGUGUCCCUGCUCGAGGUGAUCGAGCCCGAGGUGCUCUACUCCGGCUACGACAGCUCCCUGCCCGACUCCAGCUGGAGGAUCCUCUCCACGCUCAACAUGCUGGGCGGCCGCCAGGUGGUCGCUGCGGUCAAGUGGGCAAAGGCGAUCCCAGGUUUCCGAAAUUUGCACCUGGAUGACCAAAUGACCCUUCUGCAGUACUCCUGGAUGUUCCUGAUGGCUUUUGCUUUGGGCUGGAGAUCCUACAAGCAGUCCAAUGGCAACCUGCUGUGCUUUGCUCCAGACCUGAUCAUUAACGAGCAGAGAAUGAAUCUCCCAUGUAUGUAUGAACAAUGCAAACACAUGCUCAUGGUGGCCCGAGAGCUGUCCCGGCUCCAAGUCUCCUACGAGGAGUAUCUCUGCAUGAAGACGUUGCUUCUCCUCUCUACAAUUCCCAAGGAAGGCCUGAAGAGCCAGUCCCUGUUUGAGGAGAUCCGCAUGACGUACAUCAAGGAGCUGGGCAAGGCCAUCGUCAAGAGGGAAGGGAACUCCAGCCAGAACUGGCAGCGAUUUUAUCAACUGACUAAACUGCUGGACUCUAUGCAUGAUGUGGUUGAAAAUCUUCUGAGCUUUUGCUUCCAGACAUUUUUGGAUAAAUCCAUGAGUAUUGAGUUCCCAGAAAUGUUGGCAGAAAUCAUCAGCAAUCAGAUACCAAAAUAUUCCAAUGGAAAUAUCAAGAAGCUCUUGUUUCAUCAGAAGUGACUGCCUUAACACAAAGGGUUGCCUUAAGAAACCGUCACACGAUAGCUUUGUUUUGUAAAGAGAAAACCUACAGAACUUGUUCCUUUUGUCCUCGCAGGUGUUUCUUUUGUAAUUAUGCACUACAUGUGGUUUACAGAGGGCCAAGAGUUAGGCUGGAGAAGCAGCGGAUUUCUCGCCUUUUGGGAAAGAAUUGGGGAGAAAGGAAAGGAAAAGAUCUGGGUUUUGGCAGAAAUUUUCUCUCUCCCCUCGUGCACCAUCCCUGGAUGCAUCAAACCACCAGUGACAAGCUCUGAGGCUGUUAUGAACAUUCUGCUAAUUAAUUAAUUAAUUGCUGCAGUUGGCUGAAGACAAUUUUUUAGGCUUUUUUUUUUCUUUUUCUUUUUUUUUUUUUUUUUUUAGUAAAGUGUUUUGGAUUUAUUUUUUUUUUUUUUUAAAGUUAAGGUAGUAUUUUGGUUUAUGCAUGUAACCUGAAGAAAGUUUACAAGUGUAUAUCAGAAAAGGGAAGUUGUGCCUUUUAUAGCUAUUACUGUCUGGUUUUAGCAAUUUCCUUUAACUUUAUAUACCGUGAACUCGGCUUGUUCAUUUUUUCUUACAUAAUUUUUUUGUAAUACUUCAAGAUGCCUAUUGUACAGCUGGUUUUUUAAGGUGGGGCAGCUCGUAGCUUUCCUAAACGACCUCUAGACAGUAAAUACUCGAGUAGAUUCAUGUGAAAACUGGGUUGGGCUUUUCUAACCUAAUGCUUUCAACUGGCAAAGUGGCCAUAAAAAUUGGGCUUUUUCUAAGGGCCAGGGUGGGUGGGAGAACACUCUCAAAUCUCAUUUCAGUAGAUCCGGAUGAAACAGAUCCUUUUGGUACAUUGCAAAAGUGUUGGAUAUGCAGAUUCAUAGAAAAUUAACCCAGUCCUAACUGGAUGUAAAUGAGCAGGUUAUUUUAUAUAUUGGAAAAAAAAAAAAAAAAAAAGGAAGCCUGAUUUUUGCAUAUGAUGCAACAGCCAUAACGCAAAGAGUCACGGGCUGCAUUGAUGCCAAGAAGAUCAGUCCUGACUUCCCAUCAGGAAAUUUUCAGGAAAAUAUGCAUAGCUUCAGAAAAGUUUACUUCUGUGUGGAGAAACUCCGUUUUCCAUGCACCUAAAGCUGUCAUCACACAAGUAUUUCUGGAGACCCCAGGGACAGGGGAGGACGUGUGAGUGCACCCGGGGACUGGGGUUGUUCUCCUGGAGGAUUCCAGAAUCCUCCUCUCCGGGGACUUGUCCACGCAGCUGGGACUGGAUCUCCCAGCUCCAAACUCGCCUGGUUAGAGACCCAAUUCCACAUCUGCACCCUUCACUGACUGCUCCAUCCUCUUUCCUGGAGAGCAGGAGAGCUCCGCUACUGAGUUCGUGGUCUUAGAGUUGUUCGUCAAACUUUCUGUCUUUGUAAGGCUGCAGCCCUUCACAUUGAAUUCCUGGCGUGCCAUAAAUUCCCAUAGGCCUUGUGGAUUUCUCCUUGUUGCCAUUGAUGAGGAUAUUUUCGACAUUUAGAAGCUGUAGUAGCCUUUUCUACGUGCACCUUAACAAUUUUCUGUAUCUCAAAACUGAAAUAUUUACUAUGCCACUCUAAAAUUUGAUUUUUACUCAAAGUGGCCAGAUCGUUUGUGUAAUAGAAAUGAGAAAGAUCAUCUGAGAAAAUACAAAACCUAAUAUAUUUUUAUAUUUAGUUAUAGUUUCAAAUAUGUAUAAUCGGUAUAUUCGCUGAUCCAAGAAAAAAAAGGGAAGGGCUACUGCAGCUUUAAAAGCAAUUUAUUAAAUGACUGUAAAAUAGCUUGUAUAGUGUAUAAUAAGGAUGAUUUUUAGAUGACAGAUUGCUUUAUCAUGAUACAUGUAAUUAUAUUUUUUGUAGGGGUCACAGAUUCUGAGUGGAAACCGCCGCGUGCGGUUUGGCCGGAGGCAGCCCCGGGGCUGUCGGUGUUGGUGUCCAAAGAGGUUUUGUGUUCCGAGGGGGAAACCUGUGCUCCGUGGGUGUGUGUAGGCUUGGGUUGUGUUUCUGGAAUCACUGUGUACAAUUCCCCUUGGUUUGGGGUGGGAUACUCCUAUCUGUAUGCUCGGGAGCCGCUCCCGAGGCACGGCUGAAGAGACCCCGCUGCAAACCUGGCGCAGCUCUGCCGGGGGCUCAGGCACAGCCUCCCUCCCACAGCAAAAACAGCUUAGAAAUUGGGCAAUAAUCCACAUCCAGGUGCCAGCAAUAUGUAAAUACAGAGCGUGGGGUGUUCACAGCACAUUUCUACAUUGAGCAGACCUUGGUUUCCAAAUGAAAGAGGAAACUCAAUUCUCAUCCUUUCUUAAAGCUCUUUUUGAAUGUUAUACCUAUUAAAAAAGAUCCUAUAUUCAGUACUUUGGAGUAAAAUAGCAUCUUUAAUAAAAGAAAAUAAUCGCUCUCAUCUUUGAUCUGUAAGGAAGAUGUACAUUUUGUAAUAGGUAAAGGUCAGGAUUUUAAUUCCAACUUCCAGCCCAAGUCAUUGGGAAUCCUCCCGCGCCCGUUUGCGAUACAGAUAGGAGUUUGUGGGGUUGGGGGGGCUCUUGGGGUAGGGGAAGUGUGCUCUUACUUUGGAGAAUGUUUUAUAAACUUGCAUCCCCAGAGCCCUCGUUGGGAGCCUGGGGACAGCGUGUGCGGGUCGGGGUGCAGGGACCCCAAAUUGUCGUUUUUGCCAGCAAAAGCAACUGCAGCGAGCUCCAACAGACGGUGGAGUCGGGGUUGGAACCGGAUGAGCUUUGAGAUCCCUUCCAACCCAAAUUCUGGGGUUCUGCGAUCCCCCCGCGAGAGAACCGGUCACAGAGGAGGAGAGGCUCUCUGCCCCUUGUGUCUGUUUGCCUGUAUAUUCAUUUUCAGUCUCUGGAUUUAAGGAAAAACAAAGGAAACUGUGAUGUUAGAGGAAGAAUCGUCCUGUACAUGCCGUUCAGUUUGAACCUCACCAGUGAGACUCCGUAGUGCUGUAGCCAGCAGUGAGAAGUCCGUGUCCUGUUAUCCGUGGUCCGUGUAGCAGUGGGGAGUCCCUGCACUCUGGAUAAAGCAGGGAGAAUUCGGCCCUUGAGUGCCUUAUCACAAAGUGCACGGAUCCGCCGGCGCGGCGGGGGCAGCUCAGGAUCGCAAUGGCCUUAGGGGGACAGCGGGACGGGGACACGGGGACACGGGGAGGGCGGGGGGCUGGGGACCGCUGCCAAUCCAUGCCGAAAAGUGACCUCGCCAUUUCCACAGGAAAAGGUAGGGAAGGAGGAAGUGCCUGGAUGAACGUGGGCUGUGGGAAACAUCCUGCGGGCCCAACUUCAGAGAGGGAGGACUUCAGGGACAUGAUUGGAGUGAGAUUUUAUAAAGAUUGGAUUAUUGUAUCCCUGCAAGUGUUCAAGGCCUGCUUGGACGGGGCUCGGAGCAGCCUGGUCCGCUGGAAGGGGGGAAGAGAUGGGCUUUAGGGUCCCUUCCAGCCCAGUCCAGUCUGGGAUCCCAUCUCCACGGACCAGGCUCGCUCUGCCCUUAGCCCAGGCUGCAGCCAGGCCUUGCUGAGCCAUCGAUGUUUCAUAGGAACCAAAUUUUCCGUGAAGGUCGAGGGCCUCUCCAGCCAGAGGCCUCGUGUCCGAGGGAAGGCUGUGAGCGUGUGGGAACGCCCCACCUCCAACCCCCUGCCCACAGCAGAGGCAGAGAUGGGUCAUUACUCUAUUUUGUAUAUUAAACAAAAAGAUAUAUACUGGGGACAAAUCCUAUAUCAUACCAGUGUAUGGCAUUAUUAAAAAAAAAAAAAAAAUCAUUAUUUUUAUCACAGCAAUUUUAAACAGCAUUAAAAAAAAAAAAUUAAACCAGUGACUCCUGUUUAAAAAUAAAAGUUGUAGUUUUUUAUUCAUGCUGAAUAAUUCUGUAGUAACAAGUCUGUAGUUUUCACCUACUCAGUGAAAUGUUGGACUGUAAAAGCUUGUGUGGAAUUGUUGAACAUUUAUUUUUUCAUUUAAAUUUGCUGUUCUGGUAAUACAAAGCCACACAUCUGUACAGAAGUUGCAGUAAAUGUGAGCCAUUUACAGCAAUGCCGAAUAAUGGACAGAAACCAUAUAAUAAAAUUCUGCUUUUUUCAUUAAA